CGGUGUUCGCCCCAGACGCACGGCAUAAAGAGGCCGCUGCACCGGUCGCCAUCCUCAUCCGAGCACCGUGCUCUGAGAAAACAACAACGUCGAGGCGACACACCGCAGCCGACGCCUAUAUAAGUGUCAGCUCGAACGACUGCCGAUCCCAUUCAGUCGCUCGUACACCGCCGUUCACAGCACGGUCGACCGUACUAUACUGCGGACACCGUACCCUUGGACCUUCGUCAACCUUUCAUCAGCGCACCGGAACUAGAAGAGCCGUACCGGCGUCGAGCGACUCAUGGAGCUGUGCCGACUACGCCAUGUGCCCAGCUGGGUGCUAGUGUUCUCCCUGACGGUGACCGGAGUGCUGCCGCAGUUGUUCCCGAUUCAGACGUGCGCUUACAAUGACCCCCGCCACAGCAUAUGCCGCUACCGACCCCUAGCCUGCCCCGGCAAGCAGCUGCUACGUUCGGGAGGAGUAACCAAAGCACAGCAGGUCCGCAUCGUGGACCUGCACAACCAGCUCAGGGCAUGGGUUGCGGGUGGAUACCAGAGCGGCCUUCCCGCUGCUGCCAACAUGAGGGCGCUGACUUGGGACGAUGAACUGGCGACUAUCGCUCAGCGGUGGGCCGACCAGUGCACAGACGGCCACGACAAAGAGAGGAGUGUCAGCCGCUUCCACGUGGGCCAGAACGUAGCGCUAGUCUGGACGUACGACUUCGAGGACGACCUGCAAGACGAGCCUGACUGGGACUCCCAGGUCUACGCCUGGUACAACGAAGCCACAGAGUUCCACUUCAAGUCGGCCUCAAUCAGCCCCUUCAGGUUCAGCAAGAAGCUUGGACACUUUACUCAGCUUGUCUGGGCCGACACACACAAGGUUGGCUGCGGCUAUGCCUACUAUCGCCAGCCUGUGCGGGGCCUGACUAAGAUCUACGUUUGCAACUACGGACCCGGAGGUAACAUCAUCGGAGGGGCCAUGUACGAACAGUCGCCAGUCCCCACGUGUAGGCCAGGCCUUGUGCCAGCCACCGGCACCUACAGCGGGCUCUGCGACAAGGACCCGUACUACGUGGGCGACGACGAGAACGAGGACCUCGAGGACACGUUCGGUAGCAGCGCGACCCACGUCGUGGCACACAGUCCCUUCCAGACGUCGUACCAGACGUUCCUGCUGAACAGUCCCGCCGUGCACACCGUCUCGAGCACCCUUCCGUCGUCGUCCAACUAUUUCCUGCUGGGCCGCAUCCGUAGGACUUCUCCCGGAAAGCAGAAACGGAACGCCACGAGCACUCUCGUCUGAGCAUCGUCCAAACGUGCAGUCAGAAUCCGCUAUAGGGGCCACAUACCAACCAAGCUGCGCGUGCGCUGCAGUCGCUGCAAGCGAGUUAUCCGCUAGGCAAUAACAGAGUCAGUUCCAUAUGCAAGACGGAGGAAGUAUCACGCAUAAAAAUACGUAACAUAUAAAUUGAUUUCAACGGAAGUGCAGUAGUUCCAUCGCCUGAAUAGCAGAAAAUGAAAAAAAAAAAAAAAUAGCGGCUGCUCGAAACGCGAACACCACUUCCUCGCACAAUAAAGUGAACAGCAGAUCGGCGACGCAUCGAAUGGGAUGGUGCAAGCGGGAUCACGACUUUCGUGCACGCAUUAGUAGCAAAUUCACGGCGCAUAGUUGCAAUAUUGACUCUGUAAGUUUCUACGAUAAUUUCUUGGUUUCUGAAUGAAGGCAAGGACGAGAAGAGCUGUAAAUGUGUGAAUGCAAUAUGCAGAGGGGCACAAAAUGCGAGCAGUCCGAGAAACAACUCAGCACCUCGAGUCGGCCACGACCCUGCAACGCCAAAAAAUUGAGAGCAAACGCACCAAGAAAUGGAGCCAGCGCACCUGUGCUCUAAUCGUGGCGUCAGUAUUUACCUGCGAACUGCUGUUCCAUAUGAAUGAACCUAGGCCGCCUGUAACGGUGGUCUAGUGGUAAUAGUGCUCCACUGCAUAUCGGAAGGUCGCGGGAUCGAAUCCAGUCUGCGGCGGCCGCAUUGCGAUGGAGGCGGAAUGCUAGAGGCCCUUGUACUUAGAUUUAGGUGCACGUUAAAGAACCCCAGGUGGUCGAAAUUCCCGGAGCCCUCCACUACGGCCUCCCUCAGGAUCAUAUCGUGGUUUUGGGGCAUGAAAACCCAACAAUUAUUAUAAACCUAGGCUGCCUCGAGCGAAUGCACGACCACAAGUGUUACAGCGGCAAGAUAACGAGAACCCGUGGUUCUUUUCAGCCCCGCCAGCAUCUAGCGCGGCAUCCGAUAUGCGUUCACUAUUGCCUAUCUCAGUGAUCACGCACUUCCGGUUCCCCGUAAUUGAGGUUUCCAACUUCUGUCGCGACUGCAGCGCAGGCGCAGCGAGCCCUUCGUUGUGACACACACAAGUGAAUGAUUACAAGUGAUUGUUCUACGACUUUACAGUCACAACUCUAAGUUCCACAAGGCAAAAAAAAGUAAAAAGAGGAAGAAAUAUAGAAAUAUUUACCGAGUUACGGCAUUUGCGAAGAGCUACUGAAGUCACGGCAGUGCUAAGCAUUGACGAUCCUUCCUGCUCACAUCAAGAAGCAUCGUACUUGCCAAAGGCCACAUGCUGUUUUGCACCCAUGCUUGUCUGUGAUACACCUCAAAUAAGUGAGCGGCUCAAUGAAAUAAAGCAAGUAAUCUAUAGCACAUAAAUAAUAAAACAACGAUACAGAUCCUUUCCUUGGUACUUGCAGGGUAAACGAAAUGCUAUAUAGUGCAACAUUCAGGCGUCGAUAAUCGUUAGUGGGCCGUACAUCAGCAUGCGUCCUAUGCUAAAAUUGGUAUGUUAAUUAUAAUUUCCUGAAACGCCCAAGUCUAUGAUUCAGCUGUCAGCACGACAAUACGAGAAUCAUUAGCUCGACGGAAGGUUUCACACGUCUUUAUUCUUUUCUACCUUUUUUUUUUUUAAAUAAUGAUUCUUUAAAGCAUCGCGCGCAACGGUCGCCAAAAGAAAGUCAUGUGACGAUCGCAUUCUCAUGUUGUGUAAAUAUAUGCUCUACCACAUCUCCCGUUCUCUGUGUGAUAAGCACGCGUACUUUCAUGUACGCGCUGCUCGUGUAUGAUAUAAUUUCGCAAUAAAAUUUUUUUGUA